AUGUCACGGUCCGCAUGUCUCGAGGCAGCAUUCGCCAUCUCCAAACUUAUCCGCCUUUACGAAAAGAACUACACUCUGCAUUGUAUCAACAUACAGGCUGUGAGCAUCAUAUUUUCUGCUGCACUAUUCCUUGUCUUUGCGAGCAUCUCUCCUACUCAGUCCCAUGACCGCGAAGCACUUUCAACCCAUCUGGAUGUGUGCUCCCAAGCUCUCGCAAAGCUUGGAGAGUACUACGAAAACGCAUCUCGAUCACUCGACUUAUUGCUCACAAUAAAGCGAGACUGGAAGGCACGCUUGAUCGCUGGAAACUCUCGGUACCCUAAGCGGCGCAGAACCUCGCGCUUCUCCACGGGACAAGCCCCCACAAAGUAUCUGAAAACAAACCCCCAACAGCCCAUUACUGAAGCAGGCGACAAUGUCCAUGGCUCUGAAACUACAUCCUCUCGCAACAAUAUCCCCUAUGACUUUGAUCCUUUUGACAGCGCUGACUGGCAGUAUGCACUGGACGGCUAUGGUAAAACACCUUCAAAUUGA